AUGGCAACAACCAACGGAUCGCUAAUAAAAACACCGCGACGAUUUCUUUUCAUCGCUUCGAUCGGAAAUCCGCGUCCAUAUCGGACAACCCGACACAGCGCCGGACACAUCCUUCUUGAUGCUCUAGGGCCUCUCCUCCCCACCAGGGUUCCCCUGGUUUCUUCGCAAGCGCAAACGCAACCACCUGCUGGUCCGAUCUUCUACAAGACAUGGCGCAGUGGAUCGUACAUGAACGAGUCGGGACCCAAGCUCGUACGCCAGUUGAACAACUGGAUGUCAACGACUGAGACCGAGGUAUUUGAACAGAUCGUUCAACGGGGACACGUCGUCGCUCUUCCCGAGACAGUAACAGAUACCGAGAAAAAAAUCACCGAAUGGCAGAGUAGGGGUGUCGACCCCCAUUUACUCACCCGUUUCUAUCCCACUUUGGUCAUUCUCCACGAUGAGCUGGAAGUGCCACUCGGGAAGGUCAGGGUGAGACGUGGAGGGCCCGAAAAGGCCAGUUUGCGUGGUCAUCGAGGCCUGAUCAGCGUCAUGGAAAGUCUGCGCGGGAAGGGGCUUUAUCCGCCGCGGUCCAAGACGAAGACCCUUGGCGAUCUCUCCGUCUUACGCAUCGGGGUCGGCAUAGGUCGUCCGUCGACUCGGAACCGAGGCGACGUGGCUGACUUUGUCCUUACAGAGAUGGAUACGACGGAGUUGGCGGCGGUGAAGGAUGCAGCGAGACCUGUGCUGGACAUCCUGGCAGAUGAGCUCUAUCGAGAUGAAGAGGAUCUGUGA